AUGAGAAACAAACAAGAGUUCAAUGAAUUGACUCAAGAGUUGAGUGAAAGGAAUGGUAAGACAUAUGACACACACGACAGACAAUUGGAGGACAAUCUGAAGACAAGACACUCUGAAGACAAACAAGAGUUCAAUGAAUUGACACAAGAGUUGAGUGAAAGGAAUGGUAAGACAUAUGACACACACGACAGACAAUUGGAGGACAAUCUGAAGACAAGUGCUGCCGAGUGUGAGGACACCAUCGAUGACAGCAAUAUUCAUGAGUCCAUUGAAUGUGGUUAUAAUGGCUGUGACUUUGCGUGUCAUACAAACCCUGAACUGACCGCACAUUUCAACACAAAUCACUCGUCCGUUAAGACCUAUGGUUGCGGACACGACGGGUGCGGGAAGUCAUUCAAAACACGGUCGCAGCUUAGCUGCCAUUCCCAGAUCCAUGACCUUAAAAACUAUGACCGUUUCAAGUGUCGAUUCCCGGGUUGUCUGCGAAAGUUCAUCACAUCUCUGGGUCUGAAGAGACACUCAAUGACUCACUCAACCAAACCCUCCCAUAAAUGCAAAUCCAAAGGUUGCGGACAACUCUUCACAACAGAGUAUCGUCUCUAUAAACACCAACUUUCAGCUCAUAAUAGGAAACCUUUAAUUAAAUAUAAAAACAAACACCGGUGCGAUUGGCCGGGGUGUGAGUGGUUGGGCAAUGAUAUUGCAAAACACAAAUUAAUUCAUACGGAUAUUGUGCGGCCAUACGUGUGCGAGUGGACAGACUGUGGUAAACGGUUCAGGGAGAGGAUCUCAUUGAAGACGCAUCAGAAUAUUCACAACACAAGUAAACGACAUAAACCCCAUUUGGAUGACAAACUCGAGACAACUGAUUCCACGCGUGAGGACACCAUCGAUGACACUAUUACUCACGAGUCGAGCGAAUUAAGUGAUGGACCGGAUGUGAGAAGAAGACAAUUAACUGAUACAGAUGUGGAUGACUGCAGUCAUAGACAUACUGUGAGUGGGAGUAAUGGAUACGACUUUUAUGACGAAGAGAUAAAGGCUUUAAUACAACGACUCAAUGAGAAUGGAUUUCACGGGAACACCAGUCAAUACAAGUGUCCCAAAAGUGAUUGCAAUCUAGUAAUAGAGUCUGAGAUGUGUAUCAACCCUCAGCCUAAACCGUAUAAAUGCACGAAAGACCAGUGUAUGGCGAGUAUGACAUCCCGACGCCAAUUGGAAAGGCACUUAUAUGAUGUCCACAACGAGAUGUCAUAUUUCUGUGAUUAUCCAAAUUGUUAUAAUCAGAAGGGAUUCCAUACAAAACGUAAUCUCAUGAAACAUAGGGUCAGACAUACGACGAGACCGAUUGCGUGCCAUUAUAGUGGCUGUGAAUUCACGUGUUUUAACAAUUGGUCAUUGAAAAAGCAUUUGAGUGAAAAGCACUCCACGAUUAGGCCCUACCGGUGCGAAUACGACGGAUGCGACAAAGCAUUCAAAACAAAUUCAACUCUUAAGAUCCAUUGCCAGCGCCAUAGCCCACAGAAUUACAUAUUUCAUUGCAGUGCCGACGGGUGUGAGCGAAGGUAUCCCACUUCGAGAGAACUUACGGCACAUUCAGUCACUCACUCGACCACUCCAUCAGUGAAAUGCGAUUACACUAACUGCGGACAAAUGUUUUCCUCAGUGUAUUAUCUCUACAAACAUCAUACGGCAGCACAUAAUCGGAAACCUUGUGUUAGACGUAUAAUCAGACGCCGGUGCGAUUGGCCGGGAUGUGAGUGGGAGGGGAGGGGAGGGGACAUGAAAGGACAUAAACGACUGCAUACGGGUGACAAGCCAUACGCGUGCGAGUGGCCAGACUGUGGCAAACGGUUUAGAAAAAAUCUCCAAUUAAAAGAUCACCAAAAUGUUCACAACAAUGUUAAGCCGUAUGAGUGUCAUUGGCCGGACAAACAAGAGUUCAAUGAAUUGACUCAAGAGUUGAGUGAAAGAAAUGUCAGUUAUGGCUUCGACCCUCGGACCAAUGAAUACAAGUGUCCCAAAAGUGGUUGCAAUAAGUGUUUCUAUAAUCAUAUUUCAGCCAUAAAUCACAUUAAGAGAAGUCAUUGUAUCGGCAAAAGACGAUUCAAAGGAAUUGAUUUCGAGAAGUGUUUCGACGCGAAGACUAAAUCAUAUAAAUGUCCGAAAGAGCACUGUAUGACACCAUCAGUGUUUAGCAAUCGUGAAUCCCUGUCCCAUCACGUAUGGGAUGUGCACAAAGAGAUGUCAUAUUUCUGUCAAUUUCUCGACUGUUAUAAUAAGAAGGGAUUUAAACUGAAAUCUCAAUUAACAAUGCAUUUGGACAUACAUUUCAAGGGUUAUAGAUUUGUCUGCGAUUAUAACGGCUGUCACUUCAAAUGUUUGAGGAAACCACAGUUGACCGCACAUAUCAAUGCAAUGCACUCAUCGGUGAGGGCCUACCGGUGCGAAUACGACGGGUGCGGCAAAACAUUUAAAUCUCAAAACAAUCUGAACGCCCACUCCCGCCGCCAUAGACCGGAGUUCUAUAAAUAUAAGUGUAGUUUCAAUGGAUGUGAGCGUAGGUUUGGCUCAACUCAAGAAUUGAAGAGACAUUCAACCACUCAUACAAACAUACAUUCACGUGAAUGCCAUUACGAAAACUGCGGACAAAAGUUUUUAACAGAGGUUCAGCUCCGCAAACAUCAAACGGUAGCUCAUAAUCGGAAACCGCUUAUUAAACGUCAAUAUAAACACCGGUGUGAUUGGCCGGGGUGUGAGUAUGAAGGCUAUGAUAUUAACAGACAUAAACGACUGCAUACGGGAGAGAAGCCGUUCGCGUGUGAGUGGCCAGACUGUGGUAAACGGUUUAGAGUUUUGGGUUAUCUAAAAGAUCACCAGAAUAUUCACAACAAUGUUAAGCCAUAUGAAUGUCAUUGGCCGGGCUGUACGUACCGAUCCACUAAUUCAGCCAAUAUUGUUAAGCAUAGAAAACAAGUGCAUAAAGUACAUUCACUUAAAUCAUAG